UCACCAGUGUAAUUUGAGUCCUGAGCUUUGUUCACACUUUAAAUACCAGUCCCGGGAUGAUUUUACAACAGACUCCCUGGAAGUGCCCAAGCUGAGCUGUGGAAGACACACAUCGAUGAAAGCAAAGCAAAGCCACCAAGCCACCAGCAUGUCCUCGUCUCUUCGAGUAAGCCCGUCCAUCCACGGCUACCACUUCGACACAGCUGCUCGCAAGAAAGCUGUAGGCAACAUCUUUGAAAACAUAGACCAAGAGUCCCUGCAGAGGCUCUUCAGAAACUCCGGAGACAAGAAGGCAGAGGAGCGGGCCAAGAUCAUUUUUGCCAUCGACCAAGAUCUGGAGGAGAAAACUCGAGCCCUCAUGGCCCUGAAGAAGAGGACAAAAGACAAGCUUCUUCAGUUUCUCAAACUGCGGAAAUAUUCUAUCAAGGUACACUGAGCAUAGCAGGCUGAGUAAGGAGCUUCUCCACCAAUGGACCUUUAAAGACCCAGUGAGCCUGCCAGCCCUGGCAGGGGCCGCGUCCCGCGCAAAGGCUUGAGAGCCUCCUCCGACAGGACCCUGAGGAUGGAAAGGGACAUAACUCGCCAGCUACAUAGACUUCCAACUCAUUGCAGCUCUGAGCUGUCCCACUGAGUGCAAAGUGCCUUCAGCAGGCGUUGAGAACUCUCGCAGCAGGAAAGGACCGACAUAGCCCGAGAGGAUGGAGUCACAGACUAGAACAUGGCAUUUGUGGGGACUGAGUGCAUGCACCCAAGGGCGUCCGCACCUUGCCCUAAGACUAAACUCAAACCUAACUUGGUUUUUGUUCUUGUUCUUGUUUGGUUUGUUAUUUUGUUUUCUUUCUUUUCUGUUUUUGAAAAAUAUCGAAGUGGGUAGGGAGAGGGAGGAAAGAGAAGGAAUAUGAAGCAUAAAUGGUUUACUGAAGUUUUGUUUUUUUUUAAUCUGAAAGUUUUAAAGUGUGGUUAAAUCUCCGUGCUGUUUAUUGGUCAGAGAUCAGUAAUUGACUGCUUGCCUUUAAUACAAUGCCUAAGACAGUGCACCCCCUGGUGUUAACGUCAAAGAACUGGAUAUCUUGCCUAGCCCAGUAAAACCCACACCUUUCUCUAUGUUUCUAGAGGAUUUGUACACAUAUAAAUCUGGACUGUGAACAAUUUUCUAAUGUUUUCUUUUUACUCUCUGACUAAUGCUAAAAUAUAAUCUAAUUGAAUGGCCUACAGACACUGUAGCAAGCAUUAGGAAAUGAAUAUGAAUGAUUUUGGAAGGAUGCUAUGGAUACUUUUUAUAAUUUAUUAUACAUUGUAAGUGAUACAUAGCCCUAAUAAAUUAUUAUCAACUUA